CUUUCAGAUGCUCGUGUUGAGUUUCUCCAGCUAGUUCCGCGGAUCAGAACGCCCGUUAGGUGCUAUUAAAGGCGGAUUUUGUUUAAACACAUCUGUAUAAAAGACGGUUAUCCUUUCGGAAUUUACUCAAACUGAUUAAGCUCCAUUCGAUUUCUGAGAAUGAAAAAAAUCGCUGAUUGUGUAAUUCUGACGCUGAUGUUUUUUUUAAACACAUUUAGUAUCGGCAAUGGAGCCAUUUAUACCAACUCGUGCCUUACAUUCCAUCAUUCAUACGCAUUCGAUGUGGAAAAGUUCUUGGGCACAUGGUACGAGCAACAGCGGGUAUACGAUCCCCUCGAUCCGGAGCAGGAAGAGUGUGUCGGGAUGAGUUAUCGGUUGCUUGAGAAUGGAACCUUAGCAAUUGUAAAAUCCUUUAAAAAGUCAGAAAAUGGUUUAACAAGUGUCGUCGGCGGUACAGCAGAACUAAGGGAGCCAGGCGUGCCACAGUUUUACGAGCGCUUGAAUUCGUCCAACACUGUCGAUCAAAACAAAUCGGUUAGCAUUUUGCAGACCGAUUACGAAUAUUUUGCCAUCCUCUAUUCCUGCAUUCCGAUCAACUCAACGCACAAUCAGGAGGAAUUAUCAGUAUUGCACCGUCGACGGCAAAUAAGUUUUUUAGAAAAAUUGUUAUUAUCUGCCUUCUGCAAUUCAUUUUGGAAAAGGGACGUAAAAGGCGGGUUAGUACAUAAAUGGCGUAACACGGAACAGUCGCCCGAGUUCUGCAAACCGUCGUUUGCGAACGAGACAGAAAUGGCGAACUCAACCGAGGGUCCUGACGAGACAUCAAACAGUGAAGUGUUAUUCGAAACCACGAGUGAUGCAUUCACCGAGAUCUCGAACGAAGAGUCAACAAACGAGAGUUCGGCACCUUAGCUCCAAAAUGAUUUUUUGAUGAUGAUUUGACAAUUUUUAAAUUAAGCUUUUUAAAAGCAACCUUAGAAAUACAGAUCGUGGUCACGAUACCAAAUCUUUUCAACUAGUUUUUUACAUUUAUCGUAUCGUAUUUAUGUUCCAACUACGUUUUACAUUCAAAGAU